AUGAUCAUAGAGGUUCUUUCGGACCACGACGUCUCUGACGACAAGGAUGACAAUCAAGAUGACGUCAUCGUGCAUGACAUUGCCCCUAUAGAUGAUGUCGUCACCGUCGUUGGUGAGAGUAAACACGAGUCUGUACAAGAUACCUCGGACCAUGACGAUGUCGUUGUGGGUGAUGCUGAUUCGAGACCCAGCCAUUCAGACAAGACCUCGACUAAACAGACUUUGUCGUUUAGUGUGGACAGAAUCUUGAGUUCAGAUAACCAUACAACUCUCAAGUCUUCUUCUUCUGAUGCUUUACGGAGCCUCCAGCUCGUGGCUGGACCACAGCACAGACUAGAAUCCGAGACUGCCGAGUCUCGAUCUCAAUUCCAACAUAGACCUGUUUCCGUGACCGAGACUCAUCCGUACAACCAGAGCCGAAGUCGGCCGAUGUGGCCCGAUGUGGUUAACUACUUCUGUCCGUGGACUGGGUUCCAAAGAGAUCGACACGGAAUUGUUCGAAGGGUGGGCCACCCGUAUCAGAACCGAACUCCUCCAAAGCGUAAGAAACCCCGAACAGCGUUCACCAGACAACAGGUGAUGGAGCUCGAGAAAAGGUUUUCUCGCCAAAAAUACCUCGCAUCAGCCGAGAGGUCGGCGCUCGCCAAGGCUCUUAAAAUGACCGACGCCCAGGUGAAGACAUGGUUUCAGAAUAGGAGAACAAAAUGGAGACGACAGACGGCAGAAGAGCGGGAAAUCGAGCGCCAGACGGCUCAGAAGUUCCUGUUGAGUCUGAGGACAGACGACGGACGGACAAUCUAUCCCAACAUGUGUGCCCCGCCCACUCAUGAUUCGUUCUAGCGACUGUGUGGGCUCGCUCAUCGACAGUGUAAAUAACAUAUAUAGCGUGUGUAUACUUUAUUCGAAACUGGACCACCACGACUGAAAUGAGGCUGAUUUUGUCAUGUUCAAAAAGCAUUGUACU